CCCCCCACACCCCGCAUGGUGAGAGUGUUAAGUGAGAAUAUAAACACAUGAGCUAGAGGGAAAUCCAGAGAGGGUGCUGCAGGGUUGCCGGUAAUCCAGGGAUUACUGCUUGGUGAAACUCACGGUCCCCACGUUGCAGGCACGUGUGCAACUCGGAUCUGUUCGGUAUGCACACAGAGAUGGAAAGUAUGUUGAACAAGAGAUGGGUGGCUUUCAGGGAACGUGAGCUGGAAGAAAGGAAUACGCAAAAGUAACGGUUAAUAGCUGUAGCCAGCUAGAUGAGGCAUAUAACUACGUACCUCUCUUUCAUGUUUAUUCUUCCUGCGAGCGGUUCUGCAAAAGAUCAACUUGCAUACUAAAUCAGACACAUAAUAGAGUCUAGGCGUGUUUGAAACGUGGUUGAAAAUGCACGUUGUCAUUUCCCAGGAACAGAACAACCACAAAAAAAAAAGCAGUUUUUAAAAGCUUGACAAAAUACUCUUCAGAAAAUUUUGCAAUGUAACACUCAAAAUAUGAAAAGGAGUUUAGGAUCUAAACUUACUAGUAUUCAUUUUUAGUACUCGUGAAAGCCUUGUGAUAACACAGUAUUUUAUCACACAGAAGGGAAGGGAGAGAAUAGGAAAUAAAAGGAGUGACAUAUAAAACUGCAAAAGGAUUCCAGGAGAGUUUAGGUGGCAAAGUAUCUAUACGUUCUAGUUACCUUAAUCCAAGUUCCCUUCGAGCCCAGACAAAACCCAUGGGUUUAAGUUCUGUAAUUUCUCAAGGAUUUGGAAAUGAGGAAAUUCAAGCUGGAACACAUGUUCAGAGUUGAAUUUUGCAAGCUUCCCAUAGUUUUAUAUGUGGAAGAACGCUGCAAACAGACACUGGAAAAACUUUGCCUUUUGGUUUGGACUUAAUGCAUGUUGUUGUUUGGCACUAAAACACUGGUUAUCUGUUCCCCUUCACCAUAAAUAAUGACUAGAAACUUAACCUGCAAGCAGGCUGUUGAAGUAACUUCUGGAACAGUUUCUCUUUCCUUCCCCAACCCCCUUAAGACUUUUUUUUUUUCUUACGGGAUUUGUUUGCAAUCUGCUAGAUGAAACUCUAAAGCAAGUUUGCCAGAUCUAGGGCCGCAUCAUCAUUCAGCACAUCUGGAAGUGGUUUAUGGGCUCUCAUUCCUUCAGUGCAGCGUCUGGACUCCGAACUGUUCCUCAGCAGCAGAGAAAGAAAAGAAAACCAGCACAACUCCAAAGUAAACUUUGAAGAGUUUGAAAAAGGAACUGAAUUUUUAAAGCCUUACUGUGCCCAGUAAAGGCCCUUGCACAGGGCACUUUAAAGGAGGACGAUGGGCAAGGAGGCUUUGGCAAGAAUGCUUACAGCUGUGGCCUAUCUAGGAUCCAAGUAAAUAGCUCUACAGCUCUUCAGGAGAGAGAAGUCCCGAAUACUGUUCUGCCUUGAAGAGGAAGACAAUGGAAUGUAGAUAAGUACUACAGAUGUUAGAAGAAGUUCUCUCAAAAGUAUUCUCCUUCUCACUGUGAUUUAGUCAUCUGUUGGGACACUUAAAUAUAUGCAGGUUUGUGGUACCAAAGAGCAAAAGGGAAAUGUUAAUGCUUGCUUCCAGAAUUCAGAUCACAGUUCUUUCCAAAAGAACCCAUGGCUCUUUUAAAGAAAAUUAACCAGAUCUUACUGUUACUUCUUGUUUUAACUGUGUGCGCCAUUCUGUAUAAUAAAGUUCACAAAGUGCCGUCUUCAAUAAAGAACGAAGCAGCCGAUUUGGAGAGUCCUGAGGAAAUGGAAGAAGAAAUUCCAGUCGUAAUCUGCGCUGCUGCAGGUAGAAUGGGCGCCGCUAUAGCAGCGAUCAGUAGCAUCUACAGCAACACCGAGGCAAAUGUUUUGUUCUAUGUAGUUGGGUUGAAGAAUACCAUCCCGCAUAUUCGAAAAUGGAUUGAAAAUUCUAAAUUGAAGGAAAUAAAAUUUAAGGUCGUGGAAUUCAACCCUAUGGUGCUAAAAGGAAAAAUCAGACAAGAUGCAUCGCGCCCUGAGCUACUGCAGCCUCUGAACUUUGUCCGAUUUUAUCUUCCCUUGCUUAUCCAGAAACAUGAGAAAGUCAUAUACUUGGAUGAUGAUGUCAUUGUGCAAGGUGACAUCCAAGAACUCUACGAUACGAAGUUAGCUCCUGGACACGCUGCAGCUUUCUCGGAUGACUGCGAUCUGCCUUCUACACAUGAAAUGGUUAGAAGCGUAGGGAUGCAGAACACAUACAUGGGAUUUCUGGACUACAGAAAGCAAGCAAUUAGAGAUCUUGGCAUCAGCCCUAGCACCUGCUCCUUUAAUCCUGGAGUAAUUGUUGCUAACAUGACUGAAUGGAAGCAUCAACGGAUUACAAAGCAGUUGGAAAAGUGGAUGCAAAGAAACGUGGAGGAGAAUCUGUACAGCAGCACCCUUGGGGGAGGUGUGGCCACCUCUCCAAUGCUGAUUGUAUUUUAUGGAAAGUAUUCUACUAUUAAUCCCAUGUGGCACAUAAGGCAUCUUGGUUGGAGUCCUGACACUCGCUAUUCAGAACAUUUUCUUCAAGAAGCUAAAUUACUUCACUGGAAUGGAAGAUAUAAACCUUGGGACUAUCCCAGUGUCCACACUGAUCUCUGGGAAAACUGGUUUAUUCCUGACCCCUCAGGGAAGUUCAAAUUAACUCGUCCUGAAAGCUGAUACUGAAAAGUUUGAUGCAGUCAUACACUGUAUUUUGCAGUAUGCAGUAAUCAGAGAUACAACCUGUCAAAUUGUGUAAUUAACUGAUUUUAGAAAACAAAGUAUUUGUUAAAUAGUGCUAUAAGCUGACCAUCAGUUAUAUGUGCUUAUGGGCAGAGAGGAGGUGCAGUGAUAGCUAUGCAAUUCAGAUUAUCUUGACUUUCAAGUAAGGUGAAGAAACACAUUUACUUGACAAUGAAGUAUUUUCAUUAAACAUUUUCAGAGGUGAAAUUCAGUGACAGACAAUGUGUUUUAAUGUAAGAUCUUUAUAAAUAAGACUAAUCUGCUGCUAGAAAAAUCUACCCAGGAAAUACUUGCAGUAUUAUAUACAAGGUGUAUUUAGUCUUCUAGCCCACAUUAAGCAGCCUGAAAUUAAAACUUACGCAGCAUUUCUAAUAAGUGGAGUUCUCUUGCAUGGUGACUGUUUUCCAGUGUAGUGUCUUUCUGAACGCUGUACUGGUGCCGACAGUGCAUUACAUACCCUGUUACAUACCUAGAGCACUGCUAACAAGAUGCAAAAUUACAUUCUCAGACACUGCAAUACCGUUCCUGAUUUUAUUGUCAAACAUUUGUAGAUUUAAGAUAGAUUAAGAACCUCUCCAUUACUCUAAUGAAAAUAGCACCAGUUCUGAGGCAGUAGACAUAGAAAUGAAAUAUUUAGUGAAACUGUCAUUGUACACUUAAUUAUAUUUUAUACUUAGAUAGCCUAGUAGGUUUCUCUGUUAAAGAGACCUUCCCCUUCAAAAUCAAAAAAAAA